GAAAGAGAAAUGGAAGGGGCCACCAGGGUCUGCAGACAAGGCCGGGAAACGACUGGAUACCAAAUUACAAUCAGAGUCAGCCAGUGGGGGGAAAAACAAAAGAGAUCUAGAUGUUGAAGGCACUGAUGAACCUAUUUUUGGCAAGAAGCCGAGAAUAGAAGACUCAAUUAAUGAAGAUUUAAGCCUGGCGGACCUGAUGCCCAGAGUCAAGGUACAGUCAGUGGAAACAGUUGAAGGCUGCACACAUGAGGUCGCUCUUCCUGCAGAUGAGGAUUAUAUACCACUUAAACCUCGAGUUGGGAAGGCAGCAAAGGAAUACCCAUUCAUUCUUGAUGCUUUCCAAAGAGAAGCCAUUCAGUGUGUUGAUAAUAACCAGUCUGUGCUAGUAUCUGCUCAUACGUCAGCAGGGAAGACCGUGUGUGCCGAGUAUGCUAUUGCAUUGGCUUUAAGAGAAAAACAGCGUGUAAUAUUUACCAGCCCUAUUAAGGCUCUAAGUAAUCAGAAAUACCGUGAAAUGUAUGAAGAAUUUCAAGAUGUGGGGCUGAUGACGGGAGAUGUUACUAUUAAUCCCACAGCAUCUUGUCUCGUUAUGACUACAGAGAUUUUGAGAAGUAUGCUGUAUAGAGGCUCUGAAGUUAUGCGAGAAGUUGCUUGGGUCAUAUUUGAUGAAAUUCAUUACAUGAGAGAUUCAGAGCGUGGUGUAGUAUGGGAAGAAACUAUUAUUUUGCUUCCAGAUAAUGUUCACUAUGUCUUUCUUUCGGCUACUAUUCCAAAUGCUCGACAGUUUGCUGAAUGGAUUUGUCACCUACAUAAACAGGAUAAAGAAGGCAGUUUACUGGGAAUCUACUUCCUAAAUCAAGCAGCUUAUAAAUUGAGUAGACUGGCUAGAACAUUCAUGUCUGAGUUCCAGCUCCAAUCCAGUGUAGCUGAGCCUCUACGAGUUGGGCUUUGGAAUCUCAUCUUGUAAAAGUUGCCAAGUGAGUCCUGAUGCUCUCCCACGUUUGGCAAUAAUGUGCAUUUACUCUGACAGUGAGCUCCAGCACCCAGUGCAGAAGUUUUUCUAAGGAAGACCAAAAAAGCCUACCCAUCUCUUUAGCGUUUGAUUUGCUAGCUCUUAUGAAAAUACAUUCACAUUUAGUAUUCUUUGUUUCUCCUUUGCAUUUCUAGUGUAACUUGGAUGUCAGUGUAAGACUGUGCGUGCCACAAAUGCUUGUUUGUGAGUGCUGAAAGGAUAUUGGUUUUGUGUUUCUGCCCUUGCUUUAUAGUUACCCUCAUGAACUGACUUUAUGUAGGUGAUGUCAGUGUCACUCUCCUUCUCUGUGGCUUCAGUGAAUCUCCUCAUGGAGCUAGAGUUCUGCUGUUGAGUUUUGUUUUGUUUUCAUACAUCAGGGAUGCCUUCUAUCACCACAGUAGCCUCUGUAGCUAGAGGCAGUGUCUGUGACUGCAGUACUCUAGGAUGAGUUCAUGGGUAAUUGAAGUUCAGACCAUAUACUUGGCCUUGAUUAUGGAACUGGUAAAUUAAAAAUCAGAUUGUGGUAUGAAUUAGUAGAUCUAUUUCUUUCCCCCAUUUUUCACUUACCUGGCUUUUAAGCUUGUUUGAAAGUGUUAAAUUCUUGUCAAAUAUUUAAGCCAAUUUUAUUUUCUCAAAUUUUAUUUUUGUUGAGUAGAUCAAAUAUACAGUUUACCUUGAAAUACAACUUUUUUAAAUUCUUUCCCUUUACAGCCCUGUCAUGUUAUUUACACUGAUUAUCGACCCACUCCACUGCAACACUACAUAUUUCCAGCAGGGGGAGAUGGCCUUCACCUGGUGGUUGAUGAAAAUGGUGACUUCAGAGAAGAUAAUUUUAACACUGCAAUGCAAGUGCUGCGGGAUGCAGGUGAUUUGGCCAAAGGAGACCAGAAGGGACGGAAAGGAGGAACAAAAGGUCCAUCAAAUGUGUUCAAGAUUGUGAAGAUGAUUAUGGAGAGAAAUUUCCAGCCUGUGAUCAUCUUCAGUUUCAGUAAGAAGGACUGUGAAGCAUAUGCUCUUCAGAUGACGAAGCUAGACUUCAACACAGAUGAAGAAAAGAAGAUGGUUGAAGAAGUUUUCAAUAAUGCAAUUGACUGCUUGUCUGAUGAAGAUAAAAAGCUCCCUCAGGUUGAACAUGUGCUUCCACUUUUGAAGCGGGGGAUUGGUAUUCACCAUGGUGGCUUACUUCCUAUUUUGAAAGAAACUAUAGAAAUUCUCUUUUCUGAAGGAUUGAUAAAGGCUUUAUUUGCCACAGAGACUUUUGCUAUGGGAAUUAACAUGCCAGCUAGAACUGUUUUAUUUACAAAUGCCCGUAAAUAUGACGGAAAGGACUUCAGAUGGAUUUCCUCUGGCGAGUACAUCCAGAUGUCUGGUCGCGCAGGAAGGAGAGGCAUGGACGACAGAGGGAUUGUGAUUCUUAUGGUAGACGAGAAGAUGAGCCCAACUAUUGGAAAGCAGCUGCUUAAGGGGUCAGCUGAUCCUCUGAACAGUGCUUUCCAUCUGACCUAUAACAUGGUUUUGAACUUACUAAGAGUAGAAGAAAUUAACCCCGAGUACAUGCUUGAAAAAUCCUUCUACCAGUUUCAGCAUUAUAGAGCAAUUCCAGGGGUCGUAGAAAAGGUAAAGAACUCAGAAGAGCAGUAUAAUAAAAUAGUCAUUCCCAAUGAAGAAAAUGUGGUCAUCUAUUACAAGAUUAGACAGCAACUUGCCAAGCUGGGAAAAGAGAUUGAAGAAUAUAUUCAUAAACCAAAGUACUGCUUACCCUUUCUACAGCCAGGCCGUUUGGUAAAGGUGAAAAAUGAAGGCGAUGAUUUCGGCUGGGGAGUAGUAGUGAACUUCUCAAAAAAGUCAAAUGUCAAGCCCAAUUCUGGCGAACUGGAUCCCUUGUAUGUGGUGGAAGUCCUCCUGCGCUGUAGCAAGGAAAGCCUGAAGAACUCAGCCACCGAGGCAGCAAAGCCAGCGAAGCCAGACGAGAAAGGGGAGAUGCAGGUUGUUCCAGUUUUGGUGCAUCUCCUGUCUGCCAUCAGCACUGUCAGGCUCUAUAUUCCAAAAGACCUUCGACCUGUGGACAACAGACAGAGUGUCUUAAAAUCCAUACAGGAAGUUCAAAGGCGCUUUCCCGACGGCGUUCCUCUGUUAGAUCCGAUCGAUGAUAUGGGCAUCCAAGAUCAAGGACUGAAGAAAGUCAUCCAGAAAGUAGAGGCCUUUGAGCAUCGCAUGUACUCACACCCACUCCACAAUGAUCCUAACUUGGAAACUGUUUAUACACUGUGUGAAAGAAAGGCCCAGAUUGCACUAGAUAUCAAGUCUGCAAAGAGAGAACUGAAGAAGGCAAGAACUGUUCUGCAAAUGGACGAGCUCAAAUGCCGCAAGCGCGUGCUGAGACGGCUGGGCUUUGCGACAUCGUCGGAUGUCAUAGAGAUGAAAGGACGGGUGGCUUGUGAAAUAAGCAGUGCGGACGAGCUCCUUCUAACGGAGAUGAUGUUCAAUGGGCUUUUCAAUGACCUUUCUUCAGAGCAGGCAACCGCACUGUUAAGCUGUUUUGUGUUUCAAGAGAAUUCUAGUGAGAUGCCCAAACUAACAGAGCAGUUAGCUGGACCACUCCGACAAAUGCAGGAAUGUGCUAAAAGGAUUGCAAAAGUUUCAGCAGAGGCAAAGCUGGAGAUUGAUGAAGAAACUUACCUAAGCUCAUUCAAGCCUCACCUGAUGGAUGUGGUGUAUACCUGGGCAACUGGGGCCACAUUUGCCCAUAUCUGCAAAAUGACAGAUGUUUUCGAAGGCAGUAUAAUUCGUUGUAUGAGGCGUCUGGAAGAACUGCUUCGACAGAUGUGUCAAGCAGCAAAAGCCAUUGGAAACACAGAGCUGGAGAACAAAUUUGCUGAAGGAAUUACCAAAAUCAAGAGGGAUAUUGUAUUUGCUGCCAGCCUCUACUUAUAGAGUUCAGCGUUAUCCACCACCUGUCUGAUUGCAACUGACUACAAACGCUUCCCAGUGUUCAGUGGUUCACAAGCUUUUUAUUAUAUUUAAGUCAACAUCAUUCUGAGAAGGCAUGUAACAUACACAUUUGUACAUAGCGUCUUUCAAUAAAAAUGUACAGGUGGGACAGUG